GGGUGACCGGAUGCCCAUUUUAUGGAAGAAGAUAUUGAGGUUCAAAAGGGGGUUAAAGGCAGAACUUAGUCUCUGCCCCCUCCCCCAUUUCCCUACACGUGCACACUCCUAACCUUGUCCUCCAGCCCCAACCCCACCCACCUCCCCUACUGGAAACCUUGAGAUUAUGCUCCAUGCAGCCAAGCGCCAGGAAAAAGCCUGCUGGAAGCACCCGAGGCGGCCUUUUUGUCCCGCAGCCCUCCCUGCAGUCCCAUUUCACAGAGGAAACCGAGGCCCUGCAGGCAGACCAGCAGUUCCAGAUACUCAGGAACCUCGCUGCUCUGGGCUCAGACAGUUCACUUCUUCCACGCGGUUUCACUAAGGCAGGGACUUGGUGGGCUUAAUGGACUCUGCUUCCCACUCCUCCCCAAGGCUUAAUGGCUGGCACAGGGAGGCCCCCUACCAAUAUCUAUUGAAAGAAUGUGCAUUGCAGGUGCUCAGUAAGUAUUUGUUGACUGAACUAUGAAGGAAUAGGGGCUCUGUUUAUGAACAAGACAGACUGGACUCCUGCUUUCUCAUAACUGCAUUCUAGGGUGGCUGGGAGGGACAGAAUAAGAUAGAUCCAUCAGCAAAUGCAUCAACAAAUGCAUCGGGCCUUGUUGGGUGAUGUAAAAGGAAUAAAAUGAAGGUAGCGGAGAGUGGGGUGGCAGGGUUGGUGAGUCCCUUUAAUUGGGUGGUCAGAAGGUGGCAGUGAAGAAACCAACUCUGGGGAAACGAGGCCCAGGAGGGAACUGGGGACAGAUGGAGGUCAUGGAGUGUAAUUAUGCGGCUUUAAGCAGGGUGGGGCUACCAGUACCUUGGUCAAGGUGGCCCUUGGCUCUCGGGAGGACAAUUGAGCCACCCCUGAGGGAGAUCUGAAUAACAUAACAAUGUGAGGAACCCUGACCCUGAGGGUCCAGGAGCAGGACUGGGGGGGUGGGGGGCAGCCGGGUUAGUACAUGAAAUCCACUCAGUGCUGGAGUGCUGGGCUGGGGAGUCUGGGGGAGGGCAGACUGUGGCCCUGACCUUAAGGAGCCUUGUAUAGGGUGGGGGAAGGGAGAGGACAGUCAAGAAACCGUUCUGUAUUACGAUGUGGUUGGUGUCAGGAAGAAAAGAAAACUUGUAAGGGUUGGAGGGUGGGGCAGGGUGUUGAUGCCACUUCAAACAGUGAUCUGAAAGAGCUGCUUUGAGGAGGGAAGUUCAAGGAGGCCGAGUGGAGAGAGGUAAGACAGUGGCCAUUUGGCUUUCAUGGCUAUUCCAGGUGUAGGAGCAGAGUAGAUGUGUACGCGAUCGUAAUCCUCUUCUGCUCAAACCACCCGCAAGACUCACCUCUCCAAAAACCAAGACUUUCAAGUGGUCAAAAGACCCUCUCGCAGCUGACUCCAUUUUCUCAGAGCUCAACCCCCCUCCUGUCCGUCUCCUCCCUCCUUGUUAUUUAUUAUUAUUAUUAUUAUUAUCAUUAUUAUUAUUUUGUGUAGUGAAAGUGGAAAUUUAUUGAAGAACAAGUACAGACUCCCACGUGGGGAAGGGGAAAGAGUCUCACAGCACAGACUCCCAAGUAGGGAGGGGAAGAGUCCCUCCUCCUUGUUAUUCUUGACCAGAGACUCGCUGACUCCCUCACAUCCCUCAGGUCUCAACUCCACCAUGCCUUUCCCUGGUGUGGGGAGAAAAUUGAGGCCCCCCUGCCCCCACACACAUGUCACCCUGCCCCUUUAUAACCCUUCCUAGCUUUGUUUGGCUCCAGGUGACACUGGUCACCCAAGAAGGAACUCUAUUUUAAAUAGUUAUCUUCUUGAGCGUAGUCUCCCUGAACCAGUAAACUCGGGGGGAGGGGAGGGGAGGGGAAGCCCAGGGAUUAUUGUCUGUUGGGUUCGCUGCAGUGUCCCCAGUGCUUAGAGCAGUACCUGGUGCACCAUAGGCUCGCGAUGAAGGUUUGCCCAGUGGAUUUUUAUUAUGUAUUUACUGAAAAAGUCCAAGACACUGUUAGGGGCACAGUUAGAAACGUAGCCCCGACCGUUUUCUCCCUCCUGGGUGUUUGUGGGGUGCUGUGCCUCAGUUUCGCCAGCCCUAAAACGGGAUCUGCAGUCGCCGUUUCUAUGCCGGCCGCGUGAGCUGGGUGCCCUUAGGUGUAGCCCUUAGGCCAAUCCCCGUGGGCACGGCUCAGCCUGAGCUUGGCCUCCAGCCGGGCCCCUGCGGACCGCCCCUGCGGCUCCCACCAGGCCCCGCCCCCCGGUGGGCGGAGCCACGGCCGGGCCAGCACGUGUAAAAGUUCGCGGCCAGUCGCCGCAGUCACUCACCUGAGCGUCUCGGCCCGAGCGCACACGCCUCGCGCGCCUUCCGCCCGCCGGCCCGCCAGCCCGCCGGAUCGUCCGCACCGCGACCCAUGUCCCGCCGCAAGGCCGGCUGCAUGCCCCGCCGAGUCGACCCCGAGCCCGCCGCCCACACCGACGACGAGACGGAGAUGGGGGACCUGGUCAUCGACGUGAAGCCCGAGCCGCAUCCGUGGCCCCUACAGGCCGCGGGGCUGCAGCGGGGUUCCCCAAAGGAAGUGCCCGCGCCGGGCCGCCUCGAGGGCGCACCCCGCUACUGCCCUAGCCAGAUGCCCGCCGUCGGUACCCUCCUCGCCCUCGGCUUGCAGAACCAGCCGGCGCCGUGGACUUCUCUGGUUCCUAAUCCUCACGACCGCCAGCCCUGGACUGACAAACACCCAGAUACGUUGACCUGCGGCCUCUGCCUGCAGACCUUCCCGCUGAAGGCCAUCACGGCUUUCAUGGACCACAAGAAGCAGGGCUGUCAGCCCUCGAGAGGCCCCAGCCCUUGCCCGGACUCAGAUUUCCUUUCUUCUUUUAAAGUUGAUUUGUACCACUUACUUAUGCAUUCAUUGGUUGCUGCUUCUAUGUGCUCUGACUGGGGGUUGAACCCACAACCCUGGCACAUGGGGAUGAUGCUCUAUCCAAUUGAGCUACUGGGCCAGGAGGGCAUCUCUGAUUUUCAAGCACGGAAAGAACCCUUGCAUACUCAUCAUCCACUCCCGGCUUUCCUUGCUUCUUGUCCAUCUACCGCCUCCCUGAACAUCAGCUUCCUGAGGGCAGGGGUUUUCCCUGUCCUCUUGCCGUUUUGGGGCCUAGAACAGGCUUUCCCACAGAAUGUGUCCAGCUGGCAAGCUGUGACCACUACCGCUAUGCUUUUUACCCAUCACACUAACACCCAGCCUGUCUCUGCAGAACUUGAGGACCUGAAGGCUUUGACUUGCCUCCGCUGUGGCCGACAAUUCACCAAGGCCUGGAAACUGCUGCGCCAUGCCCAGUGGGACCAUGGACUGUCCAUCUACCAGACGGAAUCCGAGGCCCCAGAGACUCCGCUGCUGGGCCUGGCGGAGGUGGCUGCAGCCAUGUCAGCAGUGGUGGGGCAGGAAGUGGAGGCCAAGGGCUCCCAGGCGAACAGCCUCCCCCGGCGGAGCCCCACCUGCGCUGUGUGCAUGAAGACCCUCAGCUCCUUCAGCAACCUCAAGGUGCACAUGCGCUCGCACACGGGCGAGCGGCCCUACGCCUGUGACCAAUGUUCUUACGCCUGUGCCCAGAGCAGCAAGCUCAACCGCCACAAGAAGACCCACCAGCAGCUGCAGCCUCAGAGCCCCGACACGGCCAAGGCCAGUCAGGAACAGGCCUCAGCUGCCCCUCCGGAGCCAGCCGCCCACGCCGCUGCCCCAGCCAGGACUCUCCUGUGCAGCCGUGAAGGGGCUGGAGCUGCCGACACAGCGGGUGUGCAGGAACCUGGGGCUCCAGGUGGUGGAGCUCAGGCUGGUCCUGGUGGGGACGGUUGCGGUGUCGCCAUCAAGGAAGAGAGAAUCAACUCUGCCCAGAUCCCAGAGAAGUUGCCUAAGAAGACUCCAAAGACAGUGGGCAAGAGCCACGGGCCUGGGGGCAGCUGUGAGUUCUGUGGGAAACGUUUCACCAACAGCAGCAACCUGACUGUGCACCGGCGCUCACACACCGGGGAGCGGCCCUAUACCUGCGAGCUCUGCCCCUACGCCUGUGCCCAGAGCAGCAAGCUGAACCGCCACCGCCGCAUGCAUGGGCUGGGGCCCGGCGGGGCCCGCUUUGAGUGCCCCCACUGCCGUGUGCCCUUCGGCCUGCGGGCCACCCUGGACAAGCACCUGCGGCAGAAGCACCCCCAAGCAGGCGGGGAGGCCUGAGUGGCAGGAAUGCCUUCCCCCCUGCCGCCCCUGUGCCACUGCUCAUGUAUCUGUUGAUCAUGUCCUGCUGUGAAUAAAUCCUCCCUCCCUCCCUCGUUA